AUGCCAUCGCCAGUCAACCCGCAGCUGCAAUCGCCAUUAUUCAGCCUACCCUAUGAAAUCCGCCUACAUAUAUACACGCACCUCUACACAAUAUCUUCUUCGCCCAUAAGUCUGCGCUGCUCACCACCCAGUACGCCUUCUAGCCUUUCUCUACUAGCAACAUGUCGCCGGGCCGCCGAGGCCGAGCACCAUCUAUACGAGCUCAACACAUUCGAGGCUCCGUUUGACGAUCCCUCACAUCUAGCAAAGUUUAUCGCAACUACGCCACUUACCCGUCGACGCUGGAUACACAGUGUAUAUAUUCAGGUUCCGUCUGGGGGUAUGAUGCUCGGGCUGCUCGCCAGUCUGCGAGAGGGACUGCCAGGGCUGCGGCAGCUCACUGUGCGGCGUCGGAAGAAUAUUCACUAUGUCAACCUGUCAGACUGGACACUGUUAAUGGCCAAUAUGGUAGACGAGCUGCGCGGGAUGAAGAAUCUUGUGCAAUUCGAAAUAGCCAUGCCACGACCGGUUAUGCCGCUCACAGACUGGGAGAAGCUACGCAAAAGUAAGCUGCAAGUUAUUGACGAUACAUUGAGAGCCGCAGCACGCCAUAAUCAAACAGUGUAA